UUCCACCAUUAACUGAAACCAAUUCCAAAUCAAACCCCCAACCACACUCUUCACUCUCCCCCAGCCCCCUUCCCCCUUCUCACUGAACGAGGCAAACAAACUCCCAUUUCCUUUUUAUGGAUCCCGACCAUUCACCUUCUUCUUCUUCCUCUCACCUCCUCCCCCAACCUAAACCACUCGACCAUUCUUCUCCUUCACCUUCUUCUCCUUCUCCUUCUUCCUCUAACCCUUCCGAUUCUUCUCCUAAUAACAACAACAACAAUAAUGGCGCCCGUAAACGAAAAGGCAAAGGCGGCCCCGACAACAACAAAUUCCGUUACCGUGGCGUCCGUCAACGCAGCUGGGGUAAAUGGGUUGCCGAGAUUCGUGAGCCCCGUAAACGUACCCGCAAGUGGCUCGGUACUUUCUCCACCGCUGAAGACGCCGCUCGUGCUUACGACCGCGCUGCCAUCAUCCUCUACGGCUCCCGUGCCCAACUCAACCUCCAAUCCACUUCUCCUAAUAAUAAUUAUUCUUCCUCUAAUUCAUCCUCUUCCUCCUCCUCCUCCUCCCGUUCCUCCUCCUCCACCUCCCUCCGCCCUCUCCUCCCACGCCCCGCCCUCUCCUCCACCUUCUCCUUCUCCUCCAUGGCUUCUUCUCUCCCCCUUAUGCCCUCCCCUCAAUCUUUCACCGCCAUCUAUCCACCUCCUCCUUCCUUAAUAUAUCCUAAUCUCCUACAUAAUCAAUACCCAGCACAAGUUACCCAACACCCCACCCACGAAAUAAUUACGUCUUCCACUACUACUGUUACUAAUUCCACUCCACCUAUUUCUACUAUUGCCACUCCCUCUUCACCAACAACCUCGUAUUCCCAAAACCCUAAUAAUCCCACCUUGCUUCUUUCUUCCCCACUUCCACCUCUACCUUCAGAUCUCAUUCUUGGGCCUAUUGGGCCUUCUUCUCCCGCCGUUGGAUGGCCCUCUUUGGACGUCAACGAUGACGAUUAUCUUCCUUCUCUUUGGGACUACCACGAUCCUUUCUUCUUUGAUUUCUGA